AUGUCACAACAUCAAAAUAUUUCUGCUUCAAAAAUUACUAAGUCUACUCAAAAGGUUAGCGCUCCUCCCAUGGACAUUCCCGAUGAUGAGAUUCUAGAUGUGGUUCCUCUCUCAGUUAUUCCCUGCGAGGCCCUUGAUUUGAACCAUCCCAUUGAUGCCUCAGCUUCUGCAUGCUCUGAUCAAGGUAACUCCUCUUGUAUUCCUUCUGGUUCAACUCCUACCACAAAUUCUAAGGAAGAUAUACACCACACUGAUCGUGUUAUAAGAAACCUAGUCACUAGAAUCCUUAAUGAAGGACAUUCUGUGAAGGGAGUUUCUACUCCCCUGUCUCAAAUGCACCCCUCUCCUGAGGUUGAACAACAUAGUGAGAAGGGUGACGAUUCCUCCAGUUCUAAAAAGGACAUGGUUGCUGAAGGGUUGUGCUCUCUAGGGCAAACUGUGUCUGAUAAAGGAAAAUAUGUGGCAGCUAAAACUGCCAAUGCUUCCCACUUCGAGAAGCAUGAUGAUGCAAACGAUGUGAUUGACCUAGAGGAUGAUAGGUCUGAUGAUCAAGAGGAUAACUUACUUUGUCACUUAAAGCCAAGCGUGGCUAAACGCAUGAAGACUCGAAAAGGAAGAUCUGUGGCUGAACUUAUGUCAGCUAGAAAAGCUAAGAAGACUGUUGGUAUUGGUCCCUCCAAAUCUUGGAGCAAGUGGAAAUUUGUGAUUCAAAGAAGGGUGGUUGUGGAAAGGGAGUUGGGAAAAGAUGUUGCUGAUGUCAAGGAGGUCAAGGACCUGAUAAAGGCUGUUGGGUUGUUGAAGAUUGUGGUUGGGUUCUCUCAAUGUUAUGAGGGUUUAGUUAAGGAAUUCAUUGUUGACAUUCCUGAGGAUAUUGCUGAUAAGAACAGCAAGGAAUUUUGCAAGGUGUUUGUGAGGGGAAGAAAAAUUGAGGGUGCAGGUGAAUUGGAAGCUACAGACAAUAAGGUCUAUAGAGAGAUUACAACUAAGCAAGUGAAAGGUUGGCCUAUUAAAAAGCAUCUUCCUGUUGGGAAGUUGACUCUCAAGUAUGCUAUAUUGCAUAAAAUAGGAGCUGCAAAUUGGGUCCCUACCAACCAUAUUUCCACCAUUGAUAAUACCCUUGGAAGGUUUAUUUUUGCUUCUGGAACCAAACCAACCUCAAAAGUUGGAAUAAUUGUUGAGCUUAAGGAGACUUGCAAAGAGCUGGGUGAAGGGAUAAGGGUAGCAACAGCUAGGAAACAAUCGUUGGAAGCCUUAAUUGCAAGCUUGGAGCAGGCUGAAGGUGAAAAUAUUGAACAUGCUAAGGAAGUUGAAGCCCACACCUCCAGUGAGAGGUCUGCAGACAAUGAUGAGACAAGUGGCAAUUAUGUUUCUGGUGCUGCUGAAGCUGCAAGCUCAAGCUCUACUGAUUAG